AAGACAGUCAGCAUCUUUGGGCAAACCUCUGACUCCUGUUCCAUACUGAUGAGAAAUCUGAGAUCGUGUCUGUUAGGAUUCACAACCUGCCAGGCCCUCCAUCCCUGGUCUUCACAGCAGAGGUGGCCACAUCUGGCCAUUCUUAGCACCAAUCAUAAUACCUGUAUGUUCUGAGCAGGCUUCUCUGGGAGUCCAGUAUUCCUGAUAGCCCUGGGAAACUUCAUAGGUCCCAGCCACCAGUUUGACACUUUAGACAUAGUUCAGCCAUAUGUCUUGGUAUCCAGUGACCAACACUUGGGGUAGCAGGUGGUUCAGAAAGCCAAUAGGAAGCCAAAGCUUGGGGAGCCACCUCCCCAAGGUGAGAGCCUCACACCUGGAUACUUGAUAAUUCCUCUUCUAGGCAGGUGUGGGAGUGUGCUAAGACCACACAGCUGGUCUAGUCUCAAGCCCAAGGCUUCUGCCCAAGGACAAGGGUCCCCAUAAAUAAAGCUAGGCCAUUCUCAACCUCACUCAUUAUCUCCCACAAUGUUACUGCUCAGCCUAACCCUUAGCCUGGUCCUCCUUGGCUCCUCCUGGGGCUGUGGUGUUCCUGCCAUCACACCUGUAUUGAGCUACAACCAGAGGAUUGUCAAUGGGGAGAACGCCGUGUCGGGCUCCUGGCCCUGGCAGGUGUCUCUGCAGGAAAGCAAUGGCUACCACUUCUGUGGUGGUUCUCUCAUCAGCCAGAACUGGGUAGUCACUGCAGCCCACUGCCAAGUCACUCCUGGGCAACACUUUGUUGUUUUGGGAGAGUACGACCGAUCUUCCAAUGCCGAGCCUGUGCAAGUGCUGUCCAUCUCGAAGGCCAUUACCCACCCUAGCUGGAACCCCACCACUAUGAACAAUGACGUGACCCUCUUGAAGCUCGCCUCACCGGCCCAGUACACACGGCGAAUCUCACCCGUCUGCCUGGCUUCCUCAAACGAGGCGCUGCCCGCAGGCCUCACCUGUGUCACCACCGGCUGGGGCCGCACCAGUGGUGUGGGCAAUGUGACGCCAGCACGUCUGCAGCAGGUAGUUCUCCCCCUGGUCACUGUCAAUCAGUGUCGGCAGUACUGGGGUUCGAGGAUUACUGAUUCCAUGAUAUGUGCAGGUGGUUCGGGCGCCUCCUCGUGCCAGGGUGACUCAGGAGGCCCUCUUGUCUGCCAGAAAGGAAACACCUGGGUGCUUAUUGGUAUCGUCUCCUGGGGCACUCAGAACUGCAAUGUGCAGGCACCAGCCAUGUACGCUCGAGUUAGCAAGUUCAACACCUGGAUCAACCAGGUCAUGGCCUAUAACUAAACUGACCACAGGUCCUUUCCCCCUCUCAAUCCAAUAAAGACACCAGACUCA